UCUUACCGUUCUUAUAUCGUCUGUCCUCUCUCUGAGAGCAUUCAGGUGAUGAGAUGAGCUGGAUGCUAGCUGUUAGCAACACAGGGUACUAAAAGAGGAGAAGGGAGUAUGCCGGCCCCCCUCAGGAUGAGGAGGGGGGCCUGCAGGUCGGCUAUCCCAUCCCUUUCCACCAUCGUUGAGGAAGAGGAGGGUCAGCUGAGCCGCAAAAGACGGAGGAGAGGCGGAGGUGCUGACUCCCACCUCAGAGCAGAUGACAAGUCAUCAUGGAGUCGACCCGAGUCAUCUGCCUCAGGACAGAACACCUACACUGUUCGCAGUCCUACGGAGAUCCACACUGUUACCAGACCAGAGCCUCUAAUGCUGAAGAACGAUGAAAGACAGAGACUCGCUCGUGAGCGAAGGGAGGAGCUGGACAAACAGAAUGCUACACGAGAUUCGAAGUGGCUUGAGCGAGAGGAGAGAGCGCAACAUUUUUACGAGAAACAGUUGGAGGAGCGGAGAAAGAAGCUGGAGGAGCAAAGGCUAAGAGAGGAGAGGAGACGCGCCGCUGUGGAGGAAAAACGUCGACAGAGACUAGAGGAGGAUCAGGCACGGUAUGAAGCUGUUAUCAGGAAGACCAUGGAGAAGAGUCAGAGAGUCAGGCCUAAAUCAAACCGCUGGAGCUGGGGCGGAACACUGUCGGCUAGCACCUCACACAAUAAUGAUGCGGAAAGAAGGUCAGUAUCCACCAUGAAUCUGUCUAAACACAUGGACCCAGUCAUUUCCAAACGUCUCUCCUCUUCUUCAGCAACACUGCUGAAUUCACCAGAUAGAGCCUUACUGAAGCAGACGUCUCAGUCAUCGUCUUGCUUGUUAAAAAAAACACUGUCUAAAUCCAAAAUCUCCAGAGAGAAGAUCCCUCAGGAACAAUCAGCAGGUAUACGUCGCAUGCCUCUGACCCCAUGGGAGAAUUCGAUGGUCAAUCGACUUCAGACACCAACACACUCGUAUCUGGCCAGGAGUCGCAGCGCCAUGUCUUUGUCUGGUGAUGCAGUGACCCCCAUUUGUCCUCGCUCAGCCUCCUGUCACCCAAUGAGCGCAACAUCCUUCAAGUCACUCCAGUCACGCAGCACCGAGCGACCAAUCAGAACAAGCCUUAAUUUUGAGAAACCAAUAAGAGAAAACAUUUCUUUGGACACCCGCACUCGCAGAAGGACCACCCAGAUUAUCCCGGUCGACAGAAAGGAUAAGGACAACGUCAGAAAGUCAUGGAGUAACUUGUCAUAUCCCACUACUCCCACUCUGAGCCUCUUCACGCCCAAGAGAGCUCCUUCACCCGCCGGGAACUGCAGCAGGGUCACCAAUCCAUCACCUAACAGGAGCUCCACUGCUAAACCUUCUCAAAAGUCUCCUAACCCUAAAAAGUCUCCAACCCCACCUGCAUCAAUGCGUCUGUCUGCUAGCAACCCCUCUUUAUCACCGGGUAACCUCAGGCCCAACAGAGUAAACCCGGAGAGCUCGAGAGUCAGUCCAGAGGGAGAGGGGGGCAAAAAAGGGGCGAUGUUGACAAGCGUUGACCCUCCCAAAACUAAACCAGAAACUCCUGUGACCAAACCUGAACCUUCAGCAGAAAGUGCUGGAAGUCCUCCAUCAAUACGACCCUAUGCGGGCACAACAGAUCCAGAGGAAGCAUCUCGCCUGCUGGCUGAAAAACGUCGGCAGGCCAGAGAGCAAAGAGAACGAGAAGAGGAAGAAAGGAGACAACAGGAAGAGGCUGAAAGGCGCGGCAGGGAGGAGAUGGCCCGCAGGAAGGCAGAAGAGAGAGCGAAGAGAGAGGAGGAGGCGCAGCGGCAGGCAGAGGAGAGGGGGAGAAGGGAGGAGGAGGAGAAGCGUUUAGAGGAGGAGAGGGCUCAAAAAGAGAGAGAGGAAGCUGAACGCCUGCAGAAACAGAAAGAAGAAGAGGAGGCUCGGCAGAGAGAGGAGGCUGAGUGUUUGCGCCUGGAGAGAGAGAAGCACUUUCAGAAAGAGGAGGCAGAGAGACUCGAGAGGAAGAAGCGCCUCGAGGAAAUCAUGAAACGCACACGGCGAUCUGAUCCGAAGACAACCCCUCAGAAAAAUGGUGACGUCAGCCGGGAGAGAGGACAAGAUUCAACAAUGUCAGGUAGCCCCUCAGUGAGUGUGUCCACACCUCAGUCUCCUGAGACAGAUCGCAGUGACAGUAAUGGGCACACAGGCCCCAGCUUCAUCACACCUAUACUGCCCACUGCAGGUCACAGUACAGUCCUGGCUGCCCAGCUUAGAGAAAAUGGCAUUGCCACAGAGAAAGAGACCUUUGAGGAGGUCAUAGAGGUUCCCAUGACCUCCAAACUGUCUCGUCAGGAUGGAGACGGGGAGGAGAUGGAAAACAAGGAGGAAGAGAAGAGGAAAGUUCCCCUCUUGGCCUUCACAGAGAAUGGAAGCACACACAGUACGAAUGAACUGGAGGAGAACCCGGCACAGCAGAGAGCAGAUAUUGUAUGAGGGUUCUGUAAUACUAGAUGUUUGCACUACAAGAGAAAUGAAGAGAACCUCUGAGCAUCUCCUCACAGACGGGACGGAUCUGAUGGAUUUAGCUCAUUUCUCCUCAAACUGAGGUCGUUUGAUCCAGAAAUGGAUUAAACCAAUCAUCUACUGUCACAUGGGGGGCAUUGUUUGGUGUGGUGACUGUGAAGUCACAUCUAAUACUUGAAGAAGUUCCUGUGAAGUGCUAAACUUAAGGAAUGUGAAUGCUGGUUGGUUGUAUUUGUGUAGAUUUAUAGCAAAACCUAGUUUUGCACUCAUUUCUGCCAGCGAUUAAGUAGCUGGAAGUUUUGUAAUUAUUGUUCAAGAAUGAAGAGAAAAUAUUUUCAUUAUUGUUUGUGAAUUUAGCUUCAAACCUGCGAAGAUGUCUCAUGUCACCCCAACAUUAAUAUCUUUAUUGCAGUCUUGGCAAAGCCUAGAUACCUGUUGUGUUAAAACAUAUGACAUUGUUUUUUCCUCAUAAAGUUGUGCGGCUGUCUUGAAACCUCAAGAUUAUUUUCAGGUCAUAUGUCACCCCAGAAAAAAACUGAAGUGACAUUUGCAUAUGUAUUUUGUGACAAUUAGACAUAUUUUUCUUUCCAGUUCUCCUUACCUUGAUAUAAUAAGCAUGAUGUCAUGUUAAAAAUAGCAAAUGUUAUCUGAAGUGUAAAGUAUUUAUAUAUUAUAGUGCUAUUUGAUUUACUAUGUGUACUUUUCAUUUAAACAUUAAACAAUCAAAUAAUACUAAUUCCCUAAAACUAUUCGUAUGCAAUAUGAUAAGGAGAAUAUUAAGAAAAAUUGUCAUGAUGCAAAACAAUAUGUGUGUCUGUUAAAUAGGCUUAAUUUACUUAAUGCAAAAUACAUUUGUAUUUCUUAUGUUUUGGGGUGACAUGAUAUUGACAUGUUUCGUCGGAUUCACUUUGUUUGCUAGCCGUGUCGUACAUGUAACUUAAAUCACCGAGGGGGGAGCCUGGCGGUAACAUAGAACAUGUCUACUUCAUCAGGAGAAUCCAUGUAAUCUAUCAAAUCAUUUAAAAUCUAUACAAAUAAUGAAAGCUUUAUUUAUAAUAAAAUAUGAGCAGAAUGUUGAAAUUUAAAAAGCU